ACAAGUUACUCGGUUUUCGUACAGUGCGGCUCCGGGCGUCAGUGUGAACGCGCGCGCCGGUGACAGUUGUUUAAAAAUCGAACUUUUUAAAUGAGACUCGUGGCAGUUAAACCAAAAUGGCGGUGUCACUAAUAAGGUUCGGAUUGAGGUCCGUAACGGCGAAUUUGGAGAGGACUGCGGCUAUUCUAUCCAGUGCUAGUGCCCGCCAACAGAUUAAGUUAAUCCACACUAAACCAGUAUGCCACAACGGCGUCUGCUACCUCCAGGAGCGGUCCAGCGAUGGUGACCUGACAGACGCCUGCAGCGCCCUUCGUCGUAGCUACAGCAAGCACCACGGCAGGCCUGAAGAAGACCGCCGGAAACGGCAGAGCGACAGCGAUAGCUCGUCAGAUUCUGACACCGAGUGCAAAGGAUUGGAUAGGUCAGACUUCUGGCGGCGCAAGAUGCGCACCGUCCACAACAUUCUGGACGUAGACAAGGACGGCUUGAUCUCUUUCAACGACUUCGUGCUCUUCGGCGAGCGGUUCAAGGCGUUAGGACAUCUGGACGAGCAGCAGGCUAAGGAGUUCAGUGAUAUUAUUAAGAUGACAUGGGAGGAGCAGUGGGGCGCCAUAGACCCGUACAACUACGUCACGGUGGAGCAGUACUUGGAGGACAUGCAUCAUGUGCUGAAUGACAAGACGCUGAAGAAGAAGGCGCACAGGUGGCUGCCGUACUUGUUCAAGGCGGUGGACAAGGACAAAUCAGGGUUCAUCUCGGUGAAGGAGUUCAAGCUUUUCUUCGAGUGCCUCGGGCUGGACAAUGAACACGCGGCCGUUGCUUUUGCAGUCAUAGACACUAAUGGGGACGGCAAGCUGUCUCUCAAAGAGUUCGUGAAGCUUGGCAAAGACUUCUUCUUCACGGAGGACGAGACCCGCGUGUCCAAGAUGUUCUGGGGCCCUCUCAACGAGAUUUGAAGUCAAUUUCAAGUCGAUUUCAAUGUCAAGCCACGCCCCUUGAAGCCAAUUCUGCUGCAAAUUCUUCUAUCUUCUUUCUUUUUAAAUUAACCUUUCCAAAAUUUGCUUCGUUAAUAUCAGAUUUCUAGAAGAAAGAAGAAUGACUAAGUGUUUAGUCUUUUUCCGUAUUUUUGCCAUUCUUAUUUACGGGUAUAUAAGAAUGACUAAAAUUCGUAUUUUUAUGGACGUGUUUAAAAGCGAUUUGCAAGCAUGAUUUCUAUUAGAGCACAAGUUUAUGAUGAAGCUACAAAAUCUAUAACUCAACUUGUAGACCUAUUUUUUGUACAGCUUAAUAUUCCAGGCAAAGGGAUCUCAAGGUAAACGCCAAAAUCAACGAAAGUAUCCCAUAUUGCCGCCACUGGUGCCGCUCUGGUGGCAAAAAUCCUGGUUUUUUGUGCUGUUUGUCCAUUCAUAAAUUUUAUUUCUUUACUCGUACAGAAAUCAUACUUGAGAAUCGCUAAUAAAGGGGUAAAAGUGUUAAAAUAUAGCGCUCAAUUUGAGUAUAAUAUCUUCGCAUUGAGUUUAAGAGAUAGUUUAGCAGUUUUGCCUCUUUAUAGCUUCAAUAGACUGAAGUCUAGUUGCUGAAGCAAACAAAUUGUUGCUCUUACCUAUAUGAAUUAUUUUGACUAAUUAAAAAUUGACUAAUCUUUGUUUGCAACGAUACUUUAUGACCGUUCCGUAAUAAUUAUGGUAUAAGGACCUUUUUUGAUUGACUAACUGCAGUAUCGACUGCAUUUUAUUUAUACUGUCUAAUAUGACGUGGGGAUGAGAAAGUGAAGCGUCAUGUUCGGUUUUGUUUUAUUUUCUAAAAUUUAUGUAUUUAAUGAAAAUAAAUAAAUAAAUGGCCUUGGGGGAGGCCUUUGUCCAGCAGUGGACGUCAUUUGGCUGAAAAGAAGAAGAAAUAAAUGGAAAUGCGAACAAAACAGAACAGGACAACAUCACUUUAAAAAAA